AUGUCACCAUUAAGUGGUAAAACCUUUGUACUCGAGCUUGGUCGAGACAUUCGUUUCAAAGCUAAACAAGAACUUAUUAAUUAUUUGUAUGAACAAAAUGCUCAUAUUUCAUAUAUUUUAACAGCUAGUACUGAUUAUGUUUUGGUUUCCACUGAUAUUGAUACCUAUAAAACUCGUCGAGCUAAACAGCUUGGUAUACCAUUAGUAACUAUUGAAUAUAGUUAUGAAUAUCGUAAAUUAUUCAAUGAAACUCAAGUUAUUGAUAUUAAAAGAUUUAUUGUAACGUCAGCAGAAGAUAAAGAAAAUUUUUCAAAAAGUGGUACUAUAUCUGUGACAGGUGGAGGAAAUCUUUCAGGUAGCACAACGAAAUCUGUUCAAUUAGAUUUAUCAAAUAAUUUUAAUUUGGAAACAAAUGAAAAUUCUGGUGUUUAUUUUGCUCUAGAACUGCAAAUUAUUCCUGAAGAAUAUAAUAAUCAAGCAAAUAAUGAUUAUCGAUUAAGAUUUCGUUAUGAAAAAGAAACAAUAAUAAAUUCAAAAGGUAAAACAUCAUUAAUUCAAUAUGCAUUUAGUAAUGAUAUUAAUGAAUUAUAUCAAUUAUUUGCUUCAUAUUAUUAUCGUAUUGCAACAAUGCCACGAAUAACACGAAUUCGAGAUUUAUUACCUGAUAAAUUAGCUUCUAAAUUAUUAUUACGUUCAUUAUUUUUUCAUCGUAUUGAUACACAAAUGCUUGAUAAUAAUGUUGGUCAAUUAAUUGAAUCAUUUUGGAUUGAAUCAAUUGGUGAUUUAAAUAAAAUACUUUCUGUACAACCAGAAACAAUUGCUCCUAAAACAAUUAUUGAAGCCGAAGUUGCUUUACUUGAAAUUAAAGUUGAUAGUAAAUCAUGA